CAGUGGCCGCGAGUCGCGCCAGUGCGCCAAGCCUCGCGGCGCGAGAUAUCGGUACGAGGGCUUCGCGCGUGUACGGUAAAAUCCACGGCUUAGGAUGCUCGCCUUCGUCCUCGGCUUUAUCUACGUCUACGCCGAGCUCCUCAGGUUCGAGCUCCAGAUGCACCUGCAGCCCGACGAGUACAAGCUCUCCAAGUUCUGCCUCUGAAGCGCCCACUUUUUCGUUCCCCAUCGCCCGUGCACAUAAUAUAUACCUACGUAGAGUCGGUUACCGACUCUCCCGGCUCCCACAAUGACGCACCACUAUUGUCUCCGGCUUCUUUUUUUCCGUCGCUGAACACCAGCAACAUGGACUCCAUGAUCAACUAUCUGAAAUCGUGGAACGCAAGCAUCAGCCAGCGAUGGAGGAAACUGAAGCGCGCGAGCGUCGUGCGGCAGUUCUCGUCAGGCAGGCGCAACGCCAACUCGACCCCGACUAGUAGAGAAGUGUCCCCGGCGCCGGCUGCGGCGGUGGCCUCUUCCUCCUGUGCCCCUGGGACUUCGCACACAAGGAAAAUACGGCAGAGCACCUCGCUCAGGCUUCCAAAUACAGGCAAGGCCCUGACGGACAUCCAGAACGCCUUGCGCAACAAGUUCAGCCAGAUAAACGCGGGUAUACGCAGGCGGAAGGCGCUGAGCGUCGCGGAGAACGGCUCGAAUUUUUACGUGCCGAAUCCUGUGAGCUCGUCGCAGGAGAGCCUCAACUAUCACAUUCCGCGGGUCAACAUAUCCAAUUUGCGCCGACAGAAGAGCCAGAGUGAUUCCUCGACGCAACGGCGCAGCCGAGCCGAUCGAUCGCCCGCGAACGGCACGACCGCGACGAACGCGCCAACGACGACGACGUUAGCGAGAACGACGACGACGACGACGGCGACGAAGAAGCCGGUUUGUAGCCGGAGCGCUGUCAACAUAUCGAGCCUGUCGAGCUGCGGGGAGUCGAAGCGCUGGGAGGAGGGGGCGACGCAGGAAGCCGAUGAGGGUCUCAACUCGGACUCGGAGGUCGAAGACGUCGAGGACUUGAGGUUCUGUACGCUGCCGAGGCCCGGCAACAAGGCCGGCUCCUUCACGAUUUUGACCGCCAGGUUUCUCAAGAGACCUGGAUACAAGGGCCUUGGCUUCAGCAUCGUCGGGGGCAUCGACAGUCCUCGCGGCAACAUGGGCAUUUACGUCAAAACGAUCUUUCCCAAUGGACAAGCUGCGGAUCUCGGCACAGUCAAGGAAGGAGAUGAAAUUUUGUCAAUCAACUCGAAACCCUUGCAUGGCAUGACUCACGCCGAGGCAAUAGCCGAGUUUAAGGCCGUGAAAACCGGCGACGUAGUACUUCACAUAGGAAGGCGCGUCAACACCGCUGCUGGCAGGCAAAAGCGAAAAGGCCUGGCAUCGUCAGCAGCAUCGUCAUCAGCAGCUGAGGCAGUAACGGCCAACGCCUUGAAUCCGGCGCCAUCACUUGGCAAAAACGAGGCCAGAUCCCCAUCGAACCAUUAACCAAACACGCAUUACCAAUGACACAUUCGUUCAAGUUACACAUUGUACUAACGGUAUCGUGUAGUUUUUCUUUCUCAUGGAGGCGGAUCAUAAGAGAUUAUCCCACGUUUUUUUCUAAUCGACAAUGAAUUGCUUUGGUCAUAGUUCGUUAAGAGGAACUAUUGGGCUGUCAAUCAAAAGCGUUAGAUGAGAGAGAGACAGAGAGAGAACUAUGAAAAAAAGAUAGAGGCCUUAAACUAUUUAUGUUAAUAGAAUCAUACAUUUUGUUGGAUAUCUAAAUACAUAAAUUUAAAUAUUUUUGUACUUCGUAGUUUGUAUAUUUACCGGUAAACUAGAGGUAAUUAUUUAUGAAUCGGAUAGAUAUAUAUAUAUAUCAUCAUUAUUAUUAACCCAAAGAUAAAAUCCAAAAAUAU